CCUCUAGCCCCCCUCUCACUUGCACACAGGCACUACUACCACACAUUUGUGAACUGCGAUCUUCCAAACCGUGUGUGCCUCAAGAGCUCACCACAAUUCUAGCUCUCCUUGCAGCUAUCCAUCGUCUAGCUAUUGAUCAGUCAUCGUCAUGGGAAAUUGCCUGGUGAUUCAGGACAGGAAGGAGAUCAAGAUCAUGACCGUCGUCGGCGGCAGCGAGGUCCUCAAGAUGCCGUCCCCCGGCAGCUUGAAGGUCCAGGAGGCCCUCACCGACCCGAGCGUGCUCCCGGUGAAGGCGCCGGCGCCGGCUGUCGUCGACCCUGCAGGCGCCGUCAGGGUGAAGCUGGUGAUCAGCAAGCAGGAGCUGAAGAAGAUGCUCGACAAGGAGGGCAUGUCGCUGGACGACAUGGUGUCUCUCAUGCGCAAAGACGCGGCAAUCGAUCGUGAACAGCAGCAGGAGUGCUGUGGAGGGUGGCGGCCUGCGCUGGAGAGCAUACCAGAGGGCAGUGAUCUAUAGUAGCCUUGGGGAUUGUUCAGAGGAUAUCAGAAGUUGCAGAAAAGAAAGGUUGCAAGAUCAUCGAUCGAUCCUACUUACAAGUUACAGGGUACUUUUUGGAAUAAGCGUAAGCAAAACAUAUGGUAGAUAGCAUAUAUAUACAUGUAAAUAUAUAGAGGUAGUGUUGAUAAAGAUAUGGUAGGAGUUUUGAGAUGGGGAUUCUCUUCAUCUUUUCUUGCUGCUCACAUGCAUGCAAGCAUGCUUGUAAUUUGUAAAGAAGAGGUAAAGAUGAUCCUGGAAACCAAGCUGGUCUCUAUUUUUUGGUGCCA